CGGUGAGAGGAAGCGGAAGGCAGAGGCAUUAUCAUUUUCUGCCGUGAGUUUCCCACAACCAGAAUCCAUGGCUCAUGCAGCACAACCUUUACAACUAGCUCACCAAAUGGACGGACGGUUUGGACAUAACUCAUACCUCAUGAUGGGAACCAGAGAACUUGGUGAUGUCAACACACCAGCUAUGUUGCGUGUAUGUGGUACACCAGCCAAUCCGCUUCCAUUUUUUAGACAUCCAAACGGCAGGCGCACAUCACAAUUUAGGAGUUUAAAGCUGAAUUCUCCUUCUCUUUCCCAAACAGCAAAAAAGAUGAGCAUCAACAACAACAGCAGCAAAACUGAAGAGAAGAUUGCAGUAGUCACCGGUGCCAACAAAGGAAUCGGGUUCGAGACCGUUCGCCAGCUGGCCCGCCAAGGUGUUACGGUCAUAUUAACGGCCCGAGAUGAAAAGAGAGGGAUUGAAGCAACGGCAUCGAUUAAGGGGGAGGUGGGCCGUGUGAUUUUUCAUCAGUUGGAUGUUCGUGAUCCUGAUAGUGUUGCCUCACUUGCACAAUUCAUACAAACAGAAUUUGGUAGACUUGAUAUCUUGGUGAACAAUGCCGGAGCAUCAGGCGUCAUAGUCGACGUCGAAGGCCUGAAAGCUUUAAAGAUAGACCCCAUGACUUGGCUCUCCGGCAAGGCCACCAAUAUAGUCCAAGGAGUGAUUCAGCAGACUUACGAGGCUGCAGAAGUAUGCCUCGAUACCAAUUACUACGGUUGCAAACGUGUGACCCAAGCACUCAUCCCACUCUUACAACGUUCCACAUUCGGCGCGAGGAUAGUGAAUGUCUCUUCCCUCAGAAGCGAGCUGGGGAGGAUUCCUAACGAAGAGACGCGGAGCAAACUAGCAAACGUAGAUAAUCUAACGGAAGAGGGAUUGGAAACACUACUUCAAAGGUUCCUAGAGGACUUGAAACAUGGUGUGAUUGAAGCCAAAGGAUGGUGUAUGAUGCUCCCAGCUUAUAGCAUAUCGAAGGCAGUGUUGAAUGCUUACACCAGGGUCCUCGCCAAGAGGUACCCCGACAUGUGCAUAAACUGCGUACAUCCCGGGUAUGUUGAUACUGAUAUCAAUUGGCAUACAGGGCCUAUGACCGUUGAAGAGGGAGCUAAAGGACCAGUAAUGUUGGCUUUGCUGCCCAAUGGCGGCCCGUCGGGGCGUUAUUUCGAUCAGACAGAAAUGGCGGAGUUUUAAUGGACUUUCGGGUCGUGUUUGGAUGGACUAUCGAAUCAAAUUGCAAUAGUAGUUCAAUAAAGUGGUGGUCACGAAUUGCAAUUUCACUAGUCUUUUGUGUUAGUGGUUUGUGUUAGUGGAAUCAAGGAGACUAUAAACCAAUGAAGUGAUUUGGAUU